AUGUCUAGUGACAUACCUCUGUUUCGUGCUGAUAGUGACUCCUCGAAAAAUGCUUCGUUGGACAGGCUUGAGUCGGUUGACGGGCAGGGGGCAGUGACAGCCGACGACGAGCUUCAUUAUUCUCGUUGUUACUGGAGAGGAAAGAUUCAGUUCGAAAACACACUUUCGCAGUCUUUGGCUCGGUCGGCGGGAGCGUCAACGACUUGCAAAGAUUUGGAUUGCGAGUUGAUGAAGACGAUUAUCGACUUUCCGUACUCGGCGUGUCUUGAGAAGAUAGACUCGCUGAUCUCGAUUGGAGUACCCGGAGACCAUCACAUGGAAGCGAACAACGAUUAUGCAACACUUGUGACGAAGAUUGGGGCAAUUCUCGACAAGGAGGACACCGCGUUGACGAGGAAGUUGGACGCAUUGGUACGAAGUCGUGGCGUUGCCACGCUGGCGCAUUUGCAGUCGUACGAUGGUGCUCCAGCAUGUCCACCAUCUGCAGGGGAUGUGGACGACAACGGGGUUUCUCAUAUAGCUUUGUAUACCGUCAAGCUCCAGGAAUGGGGCGCAAGGAAGGGAAAGGGGCUGAGCUUCAAGGAGAUCCAGACAACUCUUGAUCCCCCGAGAUCCGAGGUCAAAGCUUUGGUUGAGGGCAUGGAGUUUAUGGGCGUUGGCAGAAGCAAGAAGCACGCUCGUCAUGUGGCUUCAAAGAGAGCCUGCGAGCACUUGGGCAUCGAGGUCAAAUGA